GCGCCUGUAAGUCCGUCAGAUCACCGUACCGUCUGACAGGCCAGAACUUGACCGUCAGUGCCUCGGCGCCUGAUGAAAAUAGACCGAGACAGACACGGAGACGAUUCGAUUCACAAAAAGGACCCCUUGACGCCCUACGUCGUUUCCCCGAAUAGCAUCGACACAUCACGCCUUGGCCUUUCCAGCCUGCCCAAACCCCGGUCUACCACAGUAAUAUAUCCUGCUUGUUCGAAUACUCUAGACGGAUACACAGGUCUAUUCCCCUGCAGUCGUCAAUAUCCCUUCGUCUUUGCUGAGGUCAAAGACAUCGAGGUUGAAAACGAAGCAGAGAGAGAUUGUCUCUUGAACGUGAGACAAACCAUCUCGAGAGUAUCUAUCAUCUGUCUUUGGUUUGCUGACACUCCGCGCACUCGCAAGAGCCUUUCACGACUGCACUCGACGGGACACAUACAACUCCUCUCCCCCUCCCCCUCCCUCCUUUCGGCUGAUCGACCGCGACAAAGAAGGGUGCGUCCAGGGCGUGGUGCCCCAUACCCGCCAGAGCCAGAGCCGGUGACAGAAGCAAAGCCAGAGUCAAUCCCAGCUUCUCCCCUCUUCGACCAACGGAUUCCGCCCACCCCCUCCUAAAACCACCCGGCCUCGAAACGGAAAUCUCACCCCCAUCCGGCUCGACUCUCGAGUCCUUGAAUCUCUCUUGUUUGCUCGCUUGCUUGCUGCCUCCUUUCUUUCAACCCGUCUCCUCUGCCCUUUGCAAUCUCGCUGGCAGAACAAUAUCCCACUCAUCACGGCAUACGAGACUGCAGGCCCCAUUGUUGGAUAUCCGUACGAUUCUCUCAAAACUCUUUUGCAAAACUUCUGGAAGCCCGACGGCUGUCUUCUUCCAGGGGGCACAGGCGGAUAGAGGAUACCACCACCACCUACCUGCGGAUUCUCCACAGAGUACCUUACUUCCCGACGAGUGAGAGUCUACUCAGUUACAUGCCCCUGUUGCUUCCUUCAUUCCAAGAGAUACCCGGCAACAACCCAGGUUGCUUGCUGGACGUCCGAACCAGCAGCCAAACCCAAACGCAAAGCCAGCCCAACCAGGAGGGGCCUUGGCCUGCAACCUUGAACCCGUUAUCCACAAUCGACAGUCGACAGCCCACUGCGGCGGCAGCAGAGACAGGCAACCUCAAGCAGAGAAGCGGAGCACCUCACAGGCUCACACAGUCAGGACUCCCAGGAGGCACGCCGCACGAGUACUCCGUACAGAGUGUCGCCCAAAUCUACGAAACAUCGCGUGUUCCAUACCUUAAGCCAUUACCCGGGGGCUCGCAUCCGAGGACAGCCACAGAAACACUCGCCUCUUAUUAAAACUGUAAUCCCUCGACCCUUUUCCCUGCCCCGUCCCGGACGGAAGAAAAGAAGAGAGAGACCGAGGAAGUGUUUGUUUGCGUAUGUGUGUGUGAGAGAGAGAGAGAAAUGGCGACGCAGAAUCGUGUGUACUCGUCCGGCCAGUUCAUGAACCCAGGCCCGGCGCCACGACCGCCUACCGAUCGACCCCGUCUCGCCCUCACCCCAAGCAAUACCCUACCCGGCAGCAUGGCCAACAUGGCUAUUUCUCCUAUCCGGAGCACGGCGACUUCGACCUACACCGGCUCCACAAUCUCCCUCCCCAUCGCCCGCCAACAGAGCAAUCAGAACGAUGGCAUGGGAGGCGUCGCUGUCAAGAAGGAGGGUUGGGCUUCCGUGAAGGAGUCCAAGAACUUUAUCAACCCGUGGAAGCAGAAAUACCUCAUCCUGCGAAAAGAGUCGCUCGACUUCCACAAGACUGAGGGUGGCAAGGUCGCGUAUACCCUCUUCCUGAAAGACGUCGUCAACGUCGGCCGAGUCGAGGCCGCUGGCACCAUUUUCGAAAUUAAGAGAAACCCUAGCGGCUCAUCAAACAGCCCCGGCGAGGACGAUGGCCAGACCAAGACGUUGCAAAUUCGUGUCAAGAGCGACGACGACUUGUACGAAUGGAUUGAUCUUAUUUACGGCGCCUGCCCUGGCAUGGGCGGUGUCAGCAACCCCACCAACUUCUCUCAUGCAGUCCACGUUGGUUUCGACCCCCAGACUGGCGAGUUUGUCGGCUUGCCACCCGAAUGGUCGAAGCUCCUCAACUCAUCCGCCAUCACAAAGGAGGAUUACGAGCGUAACCCCCAGGCUGUCUUUGAGGUCCUCGACUUCUACUCAGACCUGACCAAGCGCGCCGAGAACCCCCAGCAAUACUCGAGCCUCACACCUACGCCUCCCGCCACCAGCCAGCAGAACAAACAGCUUGGUUAUGGCGGCGGCGGUGCAGGAGUUGCGCCGCCUAGGCCUAUGCCGCCUUCUCAGGCCCAGCGUCAGCCCAGCUACAACACCCAGUCGUCAUCGCAAGGCCAACAGCGCCGGCCUUCGCCCACGGAACAGCAGCAGCAGCGCCAGCAAAUGCAGGGUAUGGCUCCCAACUACCAGCCGGAUCCUCGCGAGGAGCAGCGCAUGAAGCAGCUUGAGGCGCAGCGUGCCCGAGAAAGGGAGAUUGAGGAGCAAAAUCGGCGGGACCUAGAAGUAUUCAACGCUUCCAUCCCCAAAACCAAGACGCCCAUGGCCCAACAAGAGAUUGGUGGCUACGGCGGCAGCUCUUCCAUCCCACAAACAGACAGAUACAAUCCUUCGAGGGCAGCCCCCCCAGCACCCAAGCCCUCACAGCAGCAGCAAGUCAAUGGCCUGCGUGCGCAGCGCCCGGCACCAUCGCCGCCCACCACCGCGGGCACGCCCAACCGUCCCCCGAUGACUUCGCAACAAAGCUCCAGUUCCAUGCGAGAUCCUAACCAGGGCCAGCGCAUGCCUCGGCAAGACCAGCCCUCGAGCCAGCAGCAACGGUAUCCCAACGGCAGCCCCCAGCAGCAGAGGCAACCCCCUCAGGCUCAGGCUCCGCCACCGUCUCGCCUGCCCGCUCCUGUCAAGCCUUUGAACGUGUCCAAGGCCCAGCCCGCCGCCCCUCAAAGCGAUGGCGUCAAGGCCGCCGAGGCAGCUCUCACUGCCAAGCCACCUGCGCAAGAACGCAAGCAAGACGUGCGCAUGUCCACCAUGUCCGAAACAGAGGUUAUGGCCAAGCUCAAGGAGGCCGUAUCCAAGGACGACCCCAACCUUUCCUACUCCAAGCAAAAGAAGAUUGGACAGGGUGCUUCGGGUUCAGUCUACGUUGCCAAGGUCAAGGAAACCGCUGUUUCGCCCAUUGCCCGUGAUGUCCUGCGUGCUCAGGGCAUCAAGGCUCAAGUUGCCAUUAAGCAGAUGGAUCUUGCUCACCAGCCCAGGAAAGAGCUGAUUGUGAACGAGAUUAUGGUCAUGAAGGACAGCAGGCAUCGCAACAUUGUCAACUUCUUGGACGCCUUCUUGCGAAACAACAACGCUGAGCUCUGGGUCGUUAUGGAGUACAUGGAGGGUGGCGCUCUGACGGAUGUGAUUGAUAACAACCCCAGCAUCACUGAGGAGCAGAUUUCCACAAUUUGCUUGGAGACAUGCCGUGGUCUGCAACAUCUCCACUCCCAAAACAUUAUUCACCGCGAUAUCAAGAGUGACAACGUUCUUCUGGACGCUCGUGGCAAUGUCAAGAUUACCGAUUUCGGUUUCUGCGCCAAGCUCACCGAGACCAAGUCGAAGCGUGCGACCAUGGUCGGAACGCCCUACUGGAUGGCCCCUGAAGUUGUCAAGCAGAAGGAGUACGGCCCCAAGGUUGAUAUCUGGUCUCUGGGUAUCAUGGCUAUUGAGAUGAUAGAAUCUGAGCCGCCUUACCUGAACGAGGAGCCCCUCAAGGCUCUUUACCUGAUCGCUACCAACGGAACCCCGCGCCUCAAGAAGCCCGAGAAGUUGAGCAAGGAGCUCAAGGCUUUCCUGUCGGUCUGCUUGUGCGUAGACGUCAAGAGCAGAGCCUCUGCCGACGAGCUUCUUCAGCACGACUUCCUCAAGCACGGAUGCCCGCUGGGCAGCCUGUCUGAGCUUCUUGCCUUCAAGAAGCACGCCAAAUAAGUUGGCAAGCACAGCACGGGCGGUGUAGCCCACAGCGGUCAGCGCUGAGGAGCGGAUGCCAUUGACGAUUAGUGGCGUUUAUUUUGGAACUGGCGGUAUCGUGCAACACUUCCCGACGUGGGCGAAAGCAAGCAAAAGAGACAUCACGUUCGACUUCUCGAACGAAUUCCCUACUCCUCAUCAACCAUUCACACGACGUACUCAUGAAAACUUCCAAUUUCAAUCGACGCGGAUAUCCUUGACACCCCCUUCUGACUUACGCGGGACGAGAAAAUGCUUCGUUCAUCCCAUCAUGGCGGCGGCAUGGGAAUCUUUUUGCUAAUGGUUUCGGUCACAUUGCAUAGUUGUUUAGUCACCGUAGGGGAAGAAUGGUAAUUUAGAGGAAAGGUAUAGCCCGCGACAUCUCGGUGGCUCAAUCGUGGAGAGGCAACGGAAGAGAUGAGGGGCCAAGGGAGACAAGCGUGUUGCCUGGGUCUCAACAGAAAGCAUGAGUAGAAGGCGAGCAGACAGCGCUGAUAGAUCGUCUCAAUGGAAUGGAUCAAUGAA